GUCCGUCCGUCAGUCAGUCCGACAGGAGCUCGCGCCCCCGUGGGUGUGUCCUCGCGCGCGCAGCCUUUCAUUCAUAAAUACCGGGAGCAUCCUGGUCGGAGAGCGAGAGCGGGCUCGUGCCGGAGCCGUCACAGUCGCCUUACGGAGGGAAGACCGGCGCAUGGAGCGCGCGCACUGACGGUGACGCCAGGGCGCCCUUGCGGCCUCGCUCUCCUGGACCAUGAGCCAUGAGCUUCCUGUGCUGAAAAGCCUCGCGGAAAACGUCACCGAUGCCCCUCAAGAGCCCAGGGAGCAGGACGGCUACGUCCUCCUGCUCGUGCUCCUCUGCGUCUUCGUCGGGGGGACGCUGGUCCUGCUGUCUGUCCUGCUCAUCCUCUGCCGUCGCUGCUGCGAGGGGGGGCGCCGCUACUCCAGGGCCAGCGACGACCCCGAGAAGACCAACACGACGUACGUGGAGGAGUCGCAACCCGUUCAAGAGAUCACCAUCAGAGUGGACGAGGCGGAGCGCCAGUCGGCAUCCAGCGGGCAGGAUGAGGAGACGGAGCGCUUCCUGUCUCUGGGCUCCACUGGGCGCCGCGUCUCCUUCAACGAGUCGGCGCUUUUCGAGCACAGCAGGAAGGCGCAAGAGAAGGGCCGCAGGUACACUCUUACCGAGGGCGACUUCCACCACCUGAAGAACGCGCGGCUCACCCAGCUGCACCUGCCGUCUCCCGCGCUGAACAUCCUCACCAUCCCGGAGUGCGAGUCCCCCGAGAGACCUGCGUCCAAAGGCCAGCUGUCCAUCUUCCAGUUGCCCCACACUGCCCCCACGAGGCUGGGUCUCAGCCCCAGUUCCAGGCUCCCGGGGGACACCUUGAACUUCAUUGUGGACAGGGGUUUGGAGGAGCCACAGCCCUGUCGCCCCAGUGCUGCGCAGGUGGAGGUGAUGGAAGCGCGGCCGGGGGGUGGCGGGCGUAUGAACUCCACCCAGGGUGCGGGGGUGCAGCUCUUCACCAGACUGCGGCGCCACGCCAGCCUGGAGGGCGUCAGUCCCUACUUCAGCAUCAAGAAGUGGAAGCUGGACAGCAUCCAUCGAGCCUCCAGCCUGGACAUGCGAGGAUCCCCCAAAAGGCGGCAGGUCCAGCGGCAGAGGGCGGCCAGUGAGAGCAAGGACCACGACCAGGACGAGUGCGACUCCAGCCGACUCGACUUCAUCCAGUACAUCGCUCGCGCCCACGCCGAGACGUACCGUCCCGGCAGCCCCUCAGUGUCCAUCCCGGCCCCACCCUCCUCGCCACCACCUUCCCUCGGCAGGUUAGAGCUGGAGGUGGAGCCAGUCAUGGAGGCCAGUGGCAGCGGAGCGACAGGAUUGACCAGUAUGGCACCUGAGCCCCAGGAGGAGGGGCCGGAGGCAGGGGCGGGGCUUGGGGCGGGGCCAGUUAGCCGACAGGAGAGCUGCGAGCACCAGACCCUGUACCGCGACAUCUGGAUGCUGCGCGCCUCCCUGGAGCAGUACGCCUCUUCCGACCAAAGCAGCAACAACGACAGGGACUCGGUGCGCAGCGAAGCCGGCAGCAUGAGCUCACUGGUGGGCGGGGCCAGCAGAGGGCCGCUGACCAGCUGUCCGUCUCAGGACAUCGGCGACGAGCUGGAGGCGGAGCUUCCCGGCGAGCCGGUCGGGAGGAAGCAGGGGGGCAAGCAGGACAGCGUAGAUUCGGAGAGGGGCAGCGACGGCGAGUCGGGGAACCGUAAGCUGCUGCAGAUGGACAGCGGCUACGCCUCCAUCGAGGCUCCGUCCCGCGUCCCCGAGGAGCUGCGGCUGUUUGUGACCGCCGGCGGUGGCGGCGCCAAGGCCAAAACGGCCUCUGAAAAGCGGCACUUCUUCACCAGCUCGGGGCGCAAGGGCAGCGUGUGCGAGAGCUUCGAGUCGCGCCUCUCCGAGGAGGAGCUGGAGGAAGAGGAGGCGCCGGGAGGCAGCGUCGCCGAAAGCCCUGUGGGGUGGCAGCCGCGCCGGGACUUCAGCAUCGACGAGAAGACGGACGCGCUCUUCCAUGAGUUCCUGCGGCGCGACCCCCAGUUCGACCAGCAGGAGUCGCCGGCCCGUCAGAAGCACCGCUCGUCCCGGGUGCACCUGCGCAAGCAAUGGCAGCGCACCAAGCAGCGCAGCGACCCCGGCGUCCGCCUGCCUCCGGGCCUCGAGCGCCAGCGUGCCACUCUGCGCCGUGGUGACAGCGCCAACUACCCGCUGGACACGCGCUACCACAGCACGCUGUCGCGCAUCGUGAGCGCGGCCGACGAGGAGGCCAGCGAGGAAGACAAGGCGAAGGGGAGCCCCUCGCACUCCCCGCCCCCUGACGGGCGGCCCCCCGGUUCAGGCUACGGCCCACAGACGGUCACGCUCGAGCUGGCGGACAAGCUGGUGUCGAGCCUGGAGGACAAGCUGUACGCAGGGCUGCGUGCCGCCAAGGGCAGCUGCGAGUGCGUAGCCACGGCCGUGCACGUGAGCCCCGACCACAGCCCCGUGUAGAGCCACUGCCCCAUACCCCACCCUCCAUGGGCGCAGCAGGUGAAGCCCCUUCCGCUGACCUGCUGCACCUGCGAUUCUCCCACAAUGCUUCACUGCCUCCUCCGUACGGUAGGAAGGUGCCGUGGAGGUGAACCCGCCCCCACCGACGACGCCACUGUGAAAGCAGGUGCUUCCGGCCCUCGGUCCUACAGCGGUCACAUGACCCGUGCUCCAGCGCACCUCCUUGAUGGGACUCGCUCGUCCCGGGUGCCCGGCUGGCAGGAAGUUUUCCGGUUCGACCGCUUCUCUGACUGGUGGUACAGUGGCCCCAUUAGGGGGUCCCCUUUGUCCUAACACUGUAUUUAUAUUCGUUUCUUAGCUUUACUUUCCUGUCCCACAGUUCGGCCCCAAAGUGUUUAGGAACAAUUAGCUGCUGCCCAGUUUGCGCCGUACACGGUUAAGGAGGACGCACUUUUAAAACCAUGCCAUUUUUAGACCACAUUCACUAAUGGUCUAUCGCGAGGACCAUCAAAUUUCCGUUAAAACUCCCAUCUUUGACCCCAAAUGCACAUUUGUCCCUCCGUAGGAAGCAUGCGUGUUACUUCCAGGCAUAGAGCAAAUAAACAAUACUCACUGAUUAUUUGCAAACACUGACCGAACACAUGUGGGGAGUGAAGGGGUGCGACGCACUGCUGGAUGCAUUUAAGAGAGUGUCCAAAACAAAUUAGAAGUGACGCUUAAGGAACCACAAAACGUAAUCUUUGGGCGGCGGCACCGACAGCAGCCGUCUGAGCUCCGCUGCAGGACGCCUUCUGUCCCCCAUCGGUCCGUUGAGCGCUGCGACGCCAAAUACUGCGCUUGACUCUUGACCCUUUGGCAGGUGCCACCGAUAAUUCAGGAAGGAGGUGUGGCCAUGCUCCCGCCUGCCCCAAAAUUCUGCCUUUUCAAUUUUGCAGCUCUGCUAUAUUAUUUCAGCACAUUUAUGCUAAAAUAAGCAUACGCUGCAAUUUCCCAGUUGCGUAACCAAACCAGUGGCAGUGAUAGGACUUCAGAGGAGGGGGCAUUUAGCCAACAAGUGCGGUUAUGGGCAGCGCUUCGGUCCCUAACCCUGGUGUCAACCGGGCCACGACUGUCCUUCCUGCUCAGAGAGCUGAAGAAACGGGUCCAGGACCUGGAAGAACAUGUUGUUCAGCAAAAAUAUUAAGGUUACGCUGUUGGAUCACUUUAAUCUGGUCACAGUGAUAGUGAUAUUUU